GAGUAAAAGAACAAUGCAAUGGUGACUGAAGACUGAAGUUUUACUUGGCAUAACACCAUUUUGCAUUGUCCAGGUGCACCUGUCUUCCCUUUCAAAUUCAUGGAUUCGCAUGUUUGACCAUCAUAUGCUGGUGCUGACAGCAGUGGAUUUCCUAGACAAAAGGAAAUGUGCUCUACAGGUUCUCUUCUUUGGCACUGAGACAGAGAAUUGUCUACAGGCUCCCUGUUGAUGCUGAGGCUCCCUGUUUUUUAGCUGAGGCUAAAAAAGUUUUUUUUUGUACUUUAUUCGGACAAUUCAUGGAACUACUAUGUCCGAUGGAUAUUGACACUACAAGAGAUUGGAUAGAUCCUGCGUUCCUCCCAAACCAAGUAAUGUGGAGAACCCUCCAGCCUGUGCCUCGCAGCGCGACGUCAUCAUCCGCGCGACUCUCCUGUGGCGGGAGCAGCAGUAGCAGCGGCGCUCGCUCUCGCCGCUAUCGGACGCGCGCGCUGACGUCUCAGGUGGACGAGAGCCUAUUUGGAGCACCCAAACAGUCUGCAUGUGAGCUUAAAGAUGAGGCUAAAGGAUCCAGAGCUCUGUCCCACUCUGCUCCGGCUUCCAAAUCACAGAAAACAGAGACUGUCCGCAUCAUCACCAAGGACCUUAUCAGGGACCUCAGAAUUCGGAACAGAGACCCGUCUGGCCAGUCCAUCAUCAUCUGCACAGAAGAAAUUGGACGCAUCACAGCUGAGUCUCAUGCCCCCGCCAAAGAAGAAAGAGAAGCAUCGCUGGAGAGCCAGCGCAGAUUUCGGGAGGAGGCUGUGAAUGCUGCAGAGGAAAGGAAAACGCUCAUGCACCAGGCCGAUUUGUCCCGUCAAAAGAACCAAGGUCUUAGCGACCUGGAGGCUGAAGCUAGACAGCGUGCUCAGUACCUGCUUGAAAGGGCUAAUGCCCUAAGAAUGGAGCAAGAGGACGAGGUCAAGAAGCUCAACGAGUUGAUCCUGGGGGCUCAAUGCCAUGCAGUACGUGAAGCUCAGAUCCUGGAGAGGAAGCAGGUUCUAAAAGAGCUACAGGAGGAGGAGAGGAGGCUGGAUGCCAUGAUGGAAGUGGACCGUCGCCGGGCCCUGGAGCUUCAGGAACAGAUUGAUCAGCUGUGUAAACAACAGAGGAUUCAAGGAAAGAUGUGCAUCCUUAAACAAAUUGAGGAGCGACUGGAGGAGCGCAUGCUAGAUGACGAAGUGAAAGAACAGGAGGGGCAGCAAAUGCUGGAGAGCCUGGAGAGGAUGCAGAUGGAAGAGCUGGAGGCCAUGGAGAGAAAGAAAGCAGAGCAGAGAAGGCUCCUGCUAGAGAUUCAGAAGAUCAACGAGGAGAAUCUACUUGCAAAGGAACACAAGAAAGAAGAGGAGAGACUAGCAGACCUUCGUGCUCUGGAGUAUACAAGCAAGAAACUGGAGCGAGAAGCGGAGUACGAGGCCGAGCAGAAACUAAUAAAAAGAGAGAAGGAGAAAGAAGUUGCACGACUGAGGGCUCUGCAGGAAAGAGACAGAGACCAUAAAGCUGAACAGGAUGAGCUCCGAGCCCGUAGGAACCAGGAGGCUGCAGAGAGGGAAUGGAGACGGAAGGAGAAAGAGCAGGCCAGGAAGAAGCUGGAGGAGGAGGAUAGGCUGAAGGCUGCUCGUCUAGAGCAGGUCACCCACAAGGAACACAUGCUGUCCAUUGAAGCGGGCCGAGAGAGGGCAGAAUUUGAGAGAGUCCUGAGGACACAGCAAGAGCUGAUUGCACGAGAGAAGGAGAAGGAGGAGGGUCACCGGCAGCAGGUCCUCCGCCAUGCUGAGGGCGUACGACAGCAGAUCCGCGAGCGUGAGAUGCUGGCCAUCGCCCGCCGCAGAGAGAUAUUCCGCGAGGGGGAAAAACUGGACGAGGAGUCACGGAGCCGCAGAGUUCGACUGGAUGAGAUCAAGGACAAGAAACUGAAGGAGCUAAGGGCGGCCGGACUUCCAGAAAAAUACUGCAAUGAAGUGGAGCGGAAAAUUCAAGCCCUGCCCACCGUUGUGCGUUGAACAAGGCAGUGAAAUGAAGAUUUUAUCCAUAUUAUUCUUCCCAUGUCUAAACCAAAGACGUAACCAUACUCUAAACUGUCUUCUAUCACUUAAUAUGAGUAAAUAAAACUUUGGAAACAA